AUGUUUCAGAGGCAUAUCAUCAUCAACAAAAUGCAGUACACCGAGGUGACGGAGCGCCCCAAAUGCUGUGCCUGGGCUACACGCCACUGGGAACCUGGCGUCAUAGUAUCGUCGAUCGUUAUAGGCGCCAUCCUGGGCCUGUCGCUGCGUGGCCAGUCUCUCACUGAACGGCAGUUCAUCUACAUCAGCUUUCCAGGAGAGGUGUAUUCCAGGAUGUUGGCCAUGUUGUUGCUGCCGCUCAAGAUGUCUUGCAUCGUGGGCUCCAUUGGAAGCACCUCGUACCGCACGGGCGGCAAGAUGCUGCGGUGCGCGCUCGCCUAUUGGUCCCUAAGCGCCGCCAGCGCCGCCGCCGUCGCCUUCGGCAGCGUGCUGCUCUUACGAACUGUUCGCGACGAGAUCGCUUCGUCGCUUCAGCUCAGCCCUUCGGCGGCGAUCAACGUGACCGCCAUUCAGACUACGGAUCUCGCCAUGGAAAUGAUCAGUGUAUCAGCAAGGUCUGAGCAGUCUGUGCCCACAACCACCAAGCAGACUGCAUUGCUGUUGCCCUAG